AUGGACAGCCUUCGACAACAAGCUAAAGAUAAAUUCUUCUCCGAGCAAAAGUUCAGUCUACAGAGCGGCACUCAUCAUGUGGCGCGCAGCCUGAUUCACCGAGUUACACGGACGUCGCCAGAGCUAGACUCUCAAAAGCCCGCGGCCGGUUUACUUCUCGUCAGAAUUAACAGACACCCUUAUGGAGAGCUGCAAAUCACCCAAGACAUCUUCUUGGACCUGUUUACCGCCUUCAAACUGGAGCCCUACGUGCUGCACAUGCUCCAGAGAGAGAGUUAUGGACUUAUGGACUUUCAAAGCGAGUCUUCGAUCGGGUCAGAGAAAUUUUUAGACACCUUUAAUCUGAAGUCAAUCUCGGUUUGCCUCAUUUGGUCCUACAACCAUUCCUCGAGAUGGACAAGAGGUAUCCUCAUCCCCAGGCACUCCGACAGCGUCGGCGACAGCUGUGAAAUUUUCCGCACUUUCGCCAAAACCCUUGAAUUGCAGAGAGAUCUGGUCGCCCACCCCUGGCUGCUGCGCUUUGUCGCACUCCUGGAAACCCACCGCUGGAUCGAGAGCAUCCUCACCAACGAGUUGCAGACUAUUCGCCAGGCUGAGAGCCAGACAGGGUACGGAUGCUGGGAGUCCUGGAACAGAGGCCACGGCAAGACAUGGAAGCCGCAGCUGGGCAACUUCGCUGAGAUGUCACAGAUAGUGGGCUUUUCAACCGCCGCGCUGGCAAAUGUGCUACGGCAUAUUGAGAUUGCAGAUGAGUUUGGUGAUAUUGCACCACUGCUGACGGAGGCGGCGGGUAGGUCUUGUGCGCUAAUCCGAGAGGGAGGAUCGGGUCUGGGCAAGGCCGCGGAGGCCCUGAAGCUCGUUCGCAAGCAGGUUGCGGCGAGAGAGAAGGACACUAGGUACCUACAGGAGAGGGCAAGAAACCAGCUUUCUGUGAUGUUUAACCUUAUCAACCAAAACGACGCAACCACAAGCCUACAGAUCGCCUCCUCCGCAAAGGAUAACAGUGCCUCGAUGAAAGUGGUGGCACUAAUGACCAUUUUUUUCUUGCCUAGGACUUUCUUCGCCACGCUUUUUGCGGUACCUACGCUGACCUGGUCGGAAGAUGUGGUUGUCUCGUCCCGGUUUUGGAUCUACUGGGCUUUUACCUUGCCUUGCACUCUACUGCUAGUGGCGCUGUAUAAGGGUUGGGGUUGGGGCUGGUGCCCUAUCCAAUAUGUGUCGUAG